AUGUCGUCAGGUGAUCAGCAGCGAGAGCAGCCAGAACAGGGAGAACAGGGAGAACAACACACAAACCACCCACAGCACACAGAAAACUCCCCAGAGAACCCUCCGCAAACCGUAGAUAUUCAAGAUAUCUACGAAUCUAAAGAGAACAUUCAACCACUCGCGAAAGGAAGAUCAGCAUCAACGCUAUCCUCCAUUUUCAGAUCAGAUAGACAGUCGCGUAGGAGAGAGCUCGACGAGCAGCACCAUGCUUUCGAAGCUCAGAUCACUACCGCGACGGAAGAAGACGACGAUCCAUUUCGAGUUUACUCCGAGUACAUCAAGUGGGCUAUAGAGGUUUAUCCCUCUGGUGAAUCCCAUGAAUCUAAUAUAGUUCCCCUGCUCGAACGCACAACGCGUACUUUCAAAGAUGACGAGAGGUAUAGACGCGAUGUCCGCUAUCUGCGUUGUUGGAUACUCUACUCCAAGUACGUCCAUGAGAGCAGGGAUAUCUUUAGAUUUCUCCUAGCCAAUGAUAUUGGUACUAUAUGGGGUCUGCUCUAUGAGGAGGCUGCUACUGCUGAGGAAAGCAGAGGUUUCCACCAGAAGGCUAAGGAGAUAUACGAAUUGGGUAUCAGUAGAAAGGCUCAGCCCACUGAAAGACUUAGGAAGCGUUACGAUGAUUUUAAAGUGAGAAUGGCAAACGCACCACCUUCAACCACCUCGUCUUUGCCUAGAAAGGGUCUUCUCGGUAGCAGCGCUAUUGCUCCUGCUACUGCCACACCAUCUACCUCCACCUCCGCAACGCCCCGCAUGGCCAUCUUCAACGAGGACGACGCUGAAUCUGGCUCAAGUGGGCCAUGGGAUCACUACGGCAGUCGCGACGACAGACGCAAGGAGAAUGUUGUCGAAAAGACCUCAAUGAAGGGUGAAACUAUCCAGCAAGGCAAAGCUAUCACACCCAAAGCGGAAAAAGUUGCAAUCUUCUCCGACUUUAACGAUGAAGAAGCUGGUGCUGGUCCCAAAGAGGCUGAUCUGGGGUCAUCAGAACCAUCCGAGGCUGAGCAGCUACGGCUAAACCCCUUUAAAAACUUCGAACAACCACCCAAGCUCGACGUCGAUGUAUCUGGCGAGAAGAAAAAGUCAAGUGGCAGUAGCAGUAGUAGCGGAAAAAAGAAGGAGAAAGAGAAGGAGAAGGGAAAAACGACUAGCUCAAAAGGAGAACCAAGGGUUGCUGUUGAUUUGCAACGCGUGUACUGCGAUAACACGGAGUACAGUUUCAUGGAAUUAAAAGCAAAACAAUUGGGUUUAUUUGGGAAGAAGUACCCAGAGCCAACGGUCAAUGAAUGGGACUGGAUGCCGAAAGAUGAACCAAGCAUUGAUGAGAAGCCACGUAAACGCGCACCAUCGCCGACUGUCAACACCAAAGCAGCACUUGACGAUGUGAUGGAGUUAUUCAACCAGCCACUUGCGUGUGACAGACCAAACAGCCCUUCAAGCGACAGCGACGACAGUUCCGUCGAUGCGCCUCAACCGCUAGUCAUGCCCACACCGAACAAGGCACCAAUGAUGAUGUUUACAGAUGAGCACACUGCGCGCGUGCCUCCGACCGUUGCUGAGGAAGACAGCUCGCCGCCCGGCCCCAUGUACAAGGAUGAGAAUGUGGCAAGCACACCUGCUGUAAAAUCAACAUCUGGUCCAGUGCGGAUGCCAUUCGGAAUGAAGCCUUCCGUUGAAGAGGAGGAGGUGGGUGAGCAAGAUGGCUCACAGUCGCAGGUGCAGACGCAGGUCGAGGAAGAGUACUACGAUGAUCUCAACAAACAGUCCCGCUUCCCUCCCAUCAAUCUCAUGACACCUAUUACGGAACGUACAUGUGAAUUUACACAGCGUGUAGAUCCUGCAGAUACACUCGACAGAAGUAGGGCUACUUUCCCUACGGCUCCAUUCCAAGGCACGAUUGCGGAGGAGAAUGAAGAUAGCAUGGUGAGCAACUCGAACAUAAACACACACCCGAAUAGCACAACAGGUGAUGCACGCACCACACUCACGCUCCAGGAUAGCAUGAUGGGUCAUACACCCCAGGGAGCACCGCCUAUAGCACCACCUCCAGCUGUGGAUCCGCCACCACUGCCUACGUUUGAACUGGGUGAGGAGUUCACACAACAAGACAUAACAGCCCACACAGGCAAAUUCGAGCUACCGGAAGGAUUUACAAUCCAUCCUGGUGGAUUGGCUCAGAUGGAGGAUGUUGAUGUUGUUGAUACAAUGAAAUUCAACCUCGGCAGUAGUAUCCCAGCUCAGCCUGCACAGCCGCUGAAAGCUCCUCAGAUUGCUCAUCUUCAAGCACAGUCGCCCGCUCCACCCUCACCAGCUAUCCCCGUCUCGCCCGGGAGUGGCAAGAUAGAUGCACCUAAUCCGUGCGUAGCAAACACACGCACCAUCGUAGACUCAAUUCUCAAACGGUCACAUUUGAACGUGUACAACUUGGGCACAUUCCACACAGCACGAAACAACCUAGAAGUACUCAACAAGGUGGAGAAGGGUGUGAAAAAACGGCCCUCAAGUAGCAGGAAUAAGACAAUGGACGAGGAGACGUAUCCACUCAAACUACCCAAAUAUGGUGGCGACGAUGAUGUGUAUGACAUUAAAGCAAAAAUCGGUCAGGGCGGCUUCGGCGCUGUCUUUGUCGCUUCUGAACGUAACAAAAGUGGUGGAAAGAGCUAUGAAUUUGACAUGGAAAACUUGGACGGUAGCUUCAAUUCCCAAUUCGCUACUUCUGAAGAAGAUCUCGCUGUGGCUCUCAAGAUUGAGAAACCUGCGCGUGUGUGGGAGUUCUACAUCCUCAACGCCCUCCAUCAACGUCUUGAAGAGCGUGAUAGAAGGUCCAUAGUAAUGCCACACGGACUGUACGCUUACAGGGAUGAGAGUGUGCUUUGUAUGGAAUAUGCUGAUCAGGGCACACUUCUAGAUGUCGUCAAUCACGCCCCUGAAUGGUUCUCUUCUUCCUCUACAGGCUUGGAUGAGGUUUUGGUCGUCUUCUUUGCCAUUGAGCUGAUCAGAACGCUCAACAGUAUUCACAAGGGUGGCAUCAUCCACGGUGAUCUAAAAAUAGAUAAUUGCUUGAUAAGACUUGAGGAUGCAGGUGAUUUCUGGACAAAUGUUUACCAGCGCUCGGGUGAGGGUGGGUGGUCAAUGAAGGGACUCAAGCUCAUAGAUUUUGGUAGAUCUAUCGAUGUAGAUGCCUUCAAGCAACCUGUCGGUAGAAAAUUCCUCAACGACUGGCCCGGUGAUGAGAAGGACUGCUGGCAGAUCAAGCAGAAGGUUCCAUGGAAUUUCGAGCCAGACUAUUUCGGUCUGGCUGCUAUCAUCCACUGCAUGCUCUUCGGCAAGUACAUAGAGACGAUAGAAGCAGGUGGGCGGAUCAAGCUUCGCAACAACCUCAAGCGCUACUGGCAGCACGAGAUCUGGUCGAGCAUAUUCGAUUUCCUCCUCAACCCAGCCAUGUACAAGGACACACUGCCUGCUAUCUCUAAAAUGGACAGCCUGCAGUCGAGUUUGGAGGACUGGCUCGAAACCAACUGUCACUCAAAAGGGCGCAAUCUUAGAUUCACAGUGAAGAUGAUGGAGAGACGCUGCAGAGAGCUCGCAGCGUCGCGUAGACUGUAA